GUAAGACCUCUUACUUUAAAGUGGAAAGCGAUUACUAAUAUGAGUAAUGUCGACCAUGUUUUUCCCCUGGUUGAUCAUGACUCUAACUCUGGAGGUGAUCAACUGGUGUGUAUAAUGCCUCACCCUAAAUUUGUCGUCAAGACCAGGUUGAUUAAGCCGUACAGAGAUUUACCUGCUAGGACCAAACUUUUUGUCAACGUUUGCUCCAAUGCUAAUGUUCCAUUGCCAGGAAGCUUGUCUGAUCCGAUAGAUUGGAAAUCUCUCUUCGUCUCCAUCGCUAAUGAUGAAUGGCAAAUACCUAUUCUACUUUCUCCUGACCUGAGAAAUGGUAGUGAUAAAUCCGGGAAUUCAUCUCUCAUAAUUGACUGCAUUCUAAAUGAAAAAGCUUUCAAAAUGAUACUUGCCAACAUCUCCUUUAGAGACAUUGUCAUAGAAUGGUGCUUUGAUGCGAUUGAAUCGCGAUUUGAUGAUGAUAUACUCAUCGAUAGACAAGUGAAAGCUUUGCCGAAACGAACAUGUAUGGGAGAGUUAUCUACGUUUCAAAUAAAAUCCUCAGCAUUGAGAGAGCUCUCAAAAUUGACUCUCUUUCCUUAUGAACACGAUCAACACUCAUUUUCAAAUGCUUUCAAAUCUGAAUCUCGAGAUGACAGCUCCAUUAUAACACCUUGGCCAACAAGGAUUGCAAAAUCUGGUGAGAUCAACUCCACGGGAGCCAAACAAAAGACAGUAUUACAACAGGAUUUGAAAGUAAAUGCUUACUCUCACAUCAAUGCUCUCAAUAAUGUUCCUCAGCUUAGGACUCUAGAUCCUGAGGAAACGGAAGAUUCCUUUAUCUCUCAUGUGAAAUGUCAAAUCCCAAAUAAUUCACAUGAUGAAUUAAAGUUAAUGUACCACAAAAAAUCUAACUGCUUGAUUGUGACAACCAACUCCCCGAUCAACGAUAAUUCACCCAUUAAGAUUCCCUUGGCAGGUUUGAUACCUAGCGUUAUCGAGGCAGUCUGUGUCAAAGACGACUACAAGGCAGAUAUUUUGCAUAUAUUUCUUAAAUAGCAUGAAAACGUCCUAGAAUCUCUACGCACAAGAUCAACUUCUUCCCUUGCCAGAAAUCACCCACGAGCCAGGUAUCGUUUGCAUUUGUAGUUGGUGAUCUGAUCUUGUCUCAAGGGCUUCUCUCAAUUGAUACCAAUCCAAACAUGACCAGUCUGAGUAUUUUGGUUGAAUACUAAAAAGCUCCUGAAGUGAAAGAUCAUGAGACACUUUCAACGCCACUAAUUCUAACAUACAUUUUGAGGCGUCAAAUAGUUCAUUUACCUCCGCAACUAGCAAUAUUAGACAGCUAUCAUUGAUUGACUUGUCACCAAACUUUAGCCCUUUGUAAGAGUAAAUAUGCUGAAUAUUAGGCAUAUCUAUGGAAUCGAGUGAGUCCUUAAGGUUCAAAUCAUAUAAGUAAACCCUCUCAUAAUCGUUGUAAAUUAAGUAGUGUGAUUGUUGAAUAGUUACGAUUUGUAUAUUAUACAUUGGUCCGAGAUGAUGAUAGACAUUUUCAGAAAAGAGGUUAGGAAUUAUGGUAGAGAUCACAAGUUCAGAAUUUCGGAGAUGAUAUAGUGAGUUUCCUAUCACUUGAAAAUUAAGUGCGUCCUCAGUAUUUUGGAUAAAGUAUGAUUCAACACUUUUACCACUCAUGAGGUAAACUGAUGUCCUUAGUGGACUAAAUGCAGCGAAAGAGCUAUCGCUUAUUCGCCAAACCUUUGAACACGAUUUCUGAAGCCUGAUCAUCAGAUCAUCGUCAAAAGUGCUCAACUCUUUGAAGUGAAGAGUUCCGCAAGACGUUAAAGAUGCAAACACAUUAUUGUUGAGUAACACCAAAUCUUGAGUAUCGGCAUGACCAAUUCCACUUCUUACAUGUGUCAUAUAAGCACGAUUGAUUUUGAAAUGAUGCAAGACUCCAUGGACCUUGCAUAUAAUACUAAGAUCUCUGUUAUCGGAUUCAUAUAUUGACGCGUGAGCAGUAAUACAUUCCAGCUGAUGAAUGACGUGUGGUUCGGGUUGCAACAUGAAAAUAUAUAUCAUUGACGACGUAAAUACAACACCAUAUGAGUUAGUGAACUUACAUGAUAAUGCAGUACCCUUGAAAGUGGUGAAAACUUUAUGUGUAGCAACUAGGGCAGCACACUUUGUAGUCACUAGUACAUUUGCCGCGACCCCAAUUACAUCCCCCAGCUCCUUGAUGUUGAUGGGGCAUUUUUUGAUUAUAGCAGUAUCCUCCUUCAAUGUUAACUCAUAAAGGUAUCCAUCCAAACAACGUGCAAAUAAGUGGUAGACAUUUAUUGGAUAUAUUUCACAAAAGGAUUCGUAAACAGGAAUUAUGAUUUGCUUAACCCUUAACUUGCUACGCAGUUUGAUUGAAGUCACAUUAUUCGAAUCGUCCUGCAAGACUUCAACAAAAUCAGCUGUACGAUUAGCUGAAGAAAUUUUAGUAGCUUUUGAGUCUAUGAGCAAAUCGGUGACCCGCACAAAGAAUUGUUCUCUAAAUAUCCUCAAAACUUCAAGUUUCCAUCCUUUCGAGAACUUGAGCAGGAAGAUAUUUGAGCUUGAUAUCGCAAGAUAUCUAUGAUUUCUCAGUCUGAGCAUCUGCCUUGGUUUGAUGUAUUCACUCACCAAUUUGAGUUUGUACUCAAAAUCAUGCUUCCUUACUGUAUAUUUCAAAAGAUAUAUGCCUUUAUUCGGGUCACAAAUGAUAGCAUGACCUUCCUGUAUGAAUAGAAUAUCGGGUAUACUACCAUUUGAACAAUAAAUUUCUAACCCUUCGUCGUAACCAAGGGUUCUGUAUUUGUUGCAUGCACUCGAUCUCAAGACAACUCUAACCUUCUGUGAAACUAUUAAAAGGUAUCUGUUUCCAAUCGGUAUGAUUUUUCGAAUAUUUCCAUCUUGACUACGAGCAAGGCCGAAAAUUUGAGAAUUGCUGUUCGAAAGCUUGUAAAACCUUGAGUCAAAUCCAUUUGAACAAGUAAUAACCUCUUCAACAAGAUUUUCAGCUUGUCGAUGUACCCAAGGCAGGCAUAAUGUUCUGCAGUGAACAGCAUACAUGACCAAAACGUUUCUUUGACUUUGUGAGAAGAAAUCUGGCCCAAGUCGCAAAACACCGUCGUCCUCAUAGGGCUGAAAAAUUACUUUGCAAGCAUUCACGUAUACGCGAUACAGCUUCUGCUGAUUAUGGACGAUUGUGAAUCCUGAUAUUACCCCGUCAAUGAAAGAUUUCUGACCAUACUGGUAACAAUAGUUGCGUUUCUCUAAGUUAUGAGCACAAUAAGCAAUUUCAAACCGCUCGUUGUUCCACGUCAGCAUGAUCGUUAGGAAUUCUCCACCACAAUCAACUAUAACAAGCAAAUAUCGUUCAAUGACGCAUACGUGACACAUAUUUACGUCAUGUAUCACCAGUUUUCUGACCGGUUUCAAAUUCAUAUCGUAAAUUACAACCUGAGAGCCAAGAUUGAUCACGACAUAAUCCAGCCAUUUGAUCACGAUAUAUUCCUGCCUGUUCAUAUAUCCUUGUGCAGGUUUGGUAGCUUCACUAUUAAUCUCCAUCCCCUGCCUUUGUUUCCCCUAAAUGAGCUAUCCAAAUCUAAUUGACUUUUCUUAUUUUCAAAUUUGAAAACACAAAUAUAAUACAACCCACCAAGAAAAAAAAUUAGAGCCUACUCAUCUUCGAAAGUUCUAAUGCAUUACCUUGUUUUGUGUCUGAUAAGGAUUCUCUAUUACUUCCGAACCUUCAAAGGGUGAUAUGGUAAGCAGAACAGGGCCUCUCACUACAACCAGCCCCAGGUGGCGCGUUUGACUUGACAAUGUGUGGCUAUCGCAAUCCUCCUUCAACGUUUCGACGCAGUUGUCCAGAACGAGGUUCAUGAGCUGGUCAAAUCCUUUCAGAACCCCAUUCACUUUCCUUCCUCCUAAAAAGGUAAUCACAAGUCUUUGAUUUUGAUAUUUCUGUAAGUCCAAAAUUGCAUCCCUUUUAGGACCUUCUAAUUUGUCCCUCUUCUGUCGCGGUCUCUCUGACUCAUAAAGUUAGUUUUCGAUUGUUAGCUGAAUAACCUACCUCCAUUCUCCGAUUGCGAAAAUAAUUAUUUAAAUAAUGUCAACAUUUUCAAGUAAGUCACUAAUUAUGAACCGUGGUCAGGGCCCAAAACCAUUCAAGGUUACAUUAACAAAUGGUUUAUCAAAUUACAAUUUCAAUCACCGCUAGCACAUCCUCGACAUCCACAAGAUCUGCAGGCUGGGUUUUGUUGUGUUUCUAUACUUUUUGGAACCCUGCAAAUACAAGUACUAUUCGCGUUAGAUUUUUCGAUGCAUUGCAAACAACACAGAUUUUCAUAACCCUGUUUUCUCCAUUUAGCGAUAAGUUCAGCGUCUCCGUAUUUGUGGUUCAACAACCAAUCAUAUGUAGGCCUUGUUAUCAACUUUUUCUUGUAAAACAUCUCAUAUAUGUAUCUUGAUCGUUGAUGAUUAAUUUGGGAGAUUUCCCAUAAGCUCUCGUGCUUAGGACGCCCCAUUUUUGCUAUCUUAGAUUCCGAACGCUUCAUUUUCUCUUCAAAUUUCACCAGAGUUGGCUGUAAUUUCCAAAACUCUUCGGGAGUUUUAGAGUUCGAACCCUUGAACCUUGGCAUUUUAUCAAAGUGUAGUAAGGGUCCCGCUAUACUCAAAGUUUUAGAAAAG